AUGCGUUCCUCCAUUCUCCUCAGCUUGGCGUUUACGACUACCGUCUUCGCUCGACCCGUCCCUGUCGAUGAAGUCGAAGCCAGAAACCUUGCCAUCGGUCCCGCCAUCGACGUCGCCGCCAUCAAUAAGCGUGAAGAGGUUGAAGCGCGGAACCCAAACAUUGGGCCUGCGAUUGAUGUUGCUGCUAUCAACAAGAGAGAUAUCGAGGCGCGAAACCCAAACAUCGGGCCUGCGAUCGACGUUGCUGCUAUCAACAAGAGGGACGAGGUUGUCGCUCGAGACCCUAUUAUUGGACCUGCGCUCGACGUUGCUUCUAUAAACUAG